CCUAUGCAGUAAGCACUGUGCUGUCCACCGCAAUCACCGCUAGUCACCGCGUGCAUAUAAGCUAUUUUCAAUGCAGGAGGUUAACCGCUUAGCAAGUUUUCCGAUUCAGUGACACUUACUGCAUUUCGCUAUUGGUGUUUUACAGAGUUAUUAUUGGUGUUUUAAGAGCCGAGAAUAAUUGCGUCAGACGAUGACGAAACUUUCACUGAAAGUUAUUUGGAGUUUUUGAUGUUUUAGUUUUCUGUAUUUACUUAGUUGUUCGUAGUAUUAUCAACUGUAAUUAUAAAAAAUGAUUGAAGAAACGAAAAAUGGCUUUUUGAGUGCUUCUCAACUGUUGGAAACUAGAAAUAUUGGUAAUGCAGCAUUAAAGAAUUAUGAAGAAUCAGAGUCAGCCCUUCCUAAAUUGAGUAAUAAGUAUUUUGAACCAUCUGGAUCAUGGUUAGAACUAAUGCAAUUAGAAAAUAAUUUAAAGAAUUCUAAGAAGAUUAUUGAAGUUGAACGAGUAGAAAGAUUAUCUCAAUUAGCUUCUGCAGAAUGGUUGCCUGGAAGUCAAAAAGCCCGGGUUAUCAAAAAGUCAGGACAAAGGUGGGAAAACUUUGGCUAUGAAGAAAAAAACCAUUUGUUUUUACUUCCUGAAGAAGCUUUAAUUCUUUUGGAAAUGAACUGUUUAGAACUUCUGUGGAAUGGUAUGCCACUUUCUAUUCAGCAAGCAUAUGAAAUUAUAAUUUAUUCCAAAAAUUCAAAAUGCACUAUUCAUGAGUACAAAGUUUUUUCACACCUUAUUAAAUUGGGCUAUAAAGUUCAAAGAUAUAAAGAAAAACCUUUUGUGGAUAGCAAAUCAUCGAGUACCAAAAGAAUUAUUAUGAACCCAGAUGGAUUGUGGACACCCAAUACUUCUCCAUCAAUUGAAAAACAAGGUUCAGAGAUUAUGUCAAAUAAUGAAACUGAAGAUGUUAUCCCAAAUAAUUCAAAGUCAGAUGCAACUCAAAAAGAAUCAAGUCCCAAAAUUCCAAGGAUUGGAAUUUUAUGCGAAGAAACUGUGAUAGAACCUAUAAAAAUAGUAAAAUUACAUUCAGUUCCUUCUAAAGACUCAAUGACCUCUAAUCAAAAGUGGCCUGGAUCGAGAAUUCAGCGUAACAUAAAGUUAAUGCCUAAACGAGCUGACUUAACUUUUCAUAAUUCAAAUGCUCAAAUGUCAAAACCAUCUAAUGAUUCCAACAAUAAGAUGUCUUUUAAUAAACGUAAAAGUACAGACUGCAUAAUAGAAGAAGUAUCGCCAAAAAAGCCCAGACCAGAAGUAAUCGAAUUGUCGGAUGAUGAAGUUGAAGAGAUACCCCGUCCCCUCACUCGCGAGGAAAUUCUCGCAACAUUGCCUAACUUGGCAGGACCGCGAACAGAGCCAUUAAUCGCCAGAUUACCACGUGCCUAUCUACCGAGCAGUAUUAAGCCGAUCAAUGACACAUAUCGUUACGAUCGCUACCGCCUACUAAAUUUCUCGCAAACUCAAGAACCACGAACUGACGAAUUAGACAACAGCGUGCAAGUAAUUAAUGGCAAUAGUAGCCAUUUUUACAGUAAUCCUGCUGUCGAAUCGCACAAUAACGGUUACGCUGGAAGUAGUCACAAUCAUCGAUUUCAGGAACGCCGCUACAUUCACCAAAAUAUCUCCCAUAACGCCAUUCAGCAUAGUCCAUACCCUGGCACGGUAUUUCACAGUAAUUACGUGACGAACUUCGUCAUGGAAGUCAUGGGAAGCAUGGUUAGGAGCUUCCGUCAGCAGCAUGUUCAACAGACUGCUACGUUUUGCCCAAACAUGCCACUCUUUCCAAGUCAUGCCUAUAAUCCUCUCUCAGUUUACUAUCCACCGCAGCAGCAGCAGCAUCAUCAUCAAAGAGAUCACUACGGCUCGUCGACUUACAGAAAAAGCCGUGCUAGAGGCCGUUACGAAUCGAAUCGUUAUGAAGAGCCAAAUGUGCCAUCUUUCACUAAACGAACCGGAUGCAAUUCUUGGCCGGAGCUGAAGAGUCUUUGGCAGGAAGAGAGUACCAUAACGAUCGAAGAUGAGGAGCCAGUAACAAAAAUGACGGGAGCUUCCAGUCCCGGUGCAAAUGAUAUUCAAGUCAUUGAAGAGGCCGUAAAACCGCUCGUUCCGCCCACGGGCAUAUACAGUUUAAGCGAAGCAUACGAACGGCUAAGAAUCAUCAAGUCAACCGGCGAUCGGACCGUCAGAUCAAGGAAGAUUGAUUACUCGCUUUCUUACGAGAUCUAUCCGAUCAGUGGGACGUAUCGAAAAUCGGCACCUGGUGCACCGCUUUUCCGAUUAUUGAUUAUCAAUUCCAAAUUCGAUACUACUAUGGAUCUGAGCAAGUUACAUAGACUUCAGCAGGAAUCAAAAGAUGCACCAAUCGUUGUUGCCUCCGUCAGUCAAUCCAGUAUUUCUUUCACACAAUUUGGAAUUGUACAAUUACCGAACUACUCUUGAGAAGUUCAUUAAUAAAGUAUUCGUAGCUGUUGUAGACUUAAUUGUCUGUGUAAAUAUUUUUGUAAUUACAAAAAUUUGAUACGAAAAAAAUAUAUAAAUCAUGUAUACAAUAAUGUUCAACGUAUUAUCUAAGGUAUUGACUAUGAUAAUUAAGAUAAUGAAAUUUGAAAUUGUAUCUUCAAUACAUAACAAGAAAAAAUG